CGAGGGCCCCCGCCCCGCUCCUGUUCCCCUUCCCGCUCCCGCCCCGCUCCUGCCACAGUCCCGCGGCGCUCCGGUCCCGGGCGGACGGGCAGCAUGUGCGAUCCGGCCGUGUGCAGUUUCCUCACCCAGACCCUGUGCGCCCAUGGCGGGCGGCUGCAGCUGUCGGAGCUGCAGGAGAACGUCGGGCUGUCGGAGCUGCAGCUGGAGAAGACGCUGUCGGCGGCGGGCCCCCGGCGGUUCCUGAAGGUGGGGAGCGGCCCGGUGGUCCUGGCCGUGACCGACGUGCGGGUCUGUGUCCGCAAGGUCUGCGUCGGCUGCGAGCGGCUGCACCUCUGCAAGCUGCACCUCAUGGGCAGGUGCAACCAGGGCCCCAGCUUUUGUAAGUACUCGCAUGACAUUAUGAAUGCGGAGAACAAAAAAGUUCUAAAAAAACAUGAUUUGUCUGGCCUCAGUGAGGAUGAGCUGCAAGUCCUACUUCUCCAAAAUGAUCCAUUCUUCCUCCCUGAUACCUGCAGGUUUUACAACACAAAAGGUAGUCGCUGUAUGCAGCAGAACUGCAGCAAGCUUCAUGUUUGUCGGCACUUUCUCCAGGGGACAUGUAAAUUUCCUCAAUGCAUAAUGUCCCAUAACCUCUUGGAUGACCAUGCAAUGAGAGUGUUGGAAGCAGGAGGCAUUGAUGGGAAGAUAGCUUCAAACUUCCAGGCUAUAUAUGAUUUCAAGCAUGUCGAAUUCAACAAGGGACAGAAGAAGGGUUAUGUACACAACUACAGACCAAGAAAUGAAUAUUGGAAAAGACCAACAACUCCAAGGAUUAAGGAAGUGAAGACAACUUUGGAAACAGUGCAGUGCAUGACGGAUGUACCGCCUUCAGAAAGUCCCCGUAGCACCGUAACUAUUCAGAGCCAUGACCAGUUGCCAACAGGAGCAAGAGAUAAAGAAAAAGAAAAAGAUAAAGGUCCCAGUAGCACCGUACCUGCUCAAGCAGACCUGCUCAAGAGCCAAGACCAGUUGCCAAAAGUAGCAGGCAAUAAAGAAAAAGAUAAAGAUAAAGGUCCCCGUAGCACCGUACCUGCUCAAGCAGACCUGCUCAAGAGCCAAGACCAGUUGCCAACAGGAACAGGAGAUAAAGAUAAAGGUCCCUGUAGCACCGUAACUACUCAGAGCCAAGACCAGUUGCCAACAGGAGCAAGAGAUAAAGAAAAAGAUAAAGGUCCCAGUAGCACCGUACCUGCUCAAGCAGACCUGCUCAAGAGCCAAGACCAGUUGCCAACAGGAGCAGGAGAUAAAGAAAAAGAUAAAGGUAAAAAGGACAGUUCCUCUGAUGACGCUUCAAAGGACAACAAAAAAAUCAACUGUGAUGAGAUCUGUUUGUUUUAUGUCUGGAAGUACUGCAAAAACAAGGAUAAAUGCAAAUCUGUUCAUUACCAUUUGCCGUAUAAAUGGGAGAUUCAUGAUGGGUUGUUGUCCUGGCAUGAACUUGGCAUGAUGGAGGAAGUUGAAAAGGCCUAUUGUGACCCAAAGAACAGCAGCUUGCCAAGUAGGAACAUUAAUUUCCAGACAAUGACCUGCUGUUCUUCUUUGAUUCGACGCCUCUCUACACCAUCAUCGGUCACAAGACCCACAUUCCUACUGACCACACAGUGGAUUUGGUACUGGAAGAAUAACCAAGACGAGUGGGUUGAAUAUGGAGAAGAGGAAGAAGGGAACAGCAUGACCUCACCAUCUUCUGCUGUUAUUGAGAAUUUGUAUCAGGCAGAUCCAUGUGCCGUUGUACCUUUCCAGGCUGGCCAACAUCAAUACGAACUCAAUUUUAAAGAAAUGACUCAGACAAACAUUACUUUCAAGACUCGAAGACAGGUCUGCAGGCGACCAAAAUUUGUGUCUUCUGAAGAUGUGCAGAAGAUAAAGACAGGCAGCCAGAGGGAUUCUUCUAUUCCUGGUCACUGGGAUACAUCUGCACUGCCUGACUUGGGAUACAAGGCAGUGGUGAUCAGCAAUGCAACACCUGAAUACAAUGAAAUAAAGCAGCUGUUUCAUCGGACUAUGAAAAAUUACAGCAUCCUUAAAAUACAGAGGAUUCAGAAUCCAUCCCUCUGGAAGGUGUUUCAGUGGCAAAAAGAGAAGAUGAAAAGGGAAAAUGGAGGAAAGGAAGUCCAGGAAAAACUCCUGUUCCACGGAACUGACAACACCUCCAUGAAAACAAUCUGCGCUCAGAACUUUGACUGGAGAAUUUGUGGAAGCAAUGGAACUAACUAUGGGAAGGGAAGUUACUUUGCUAGAGAUGCUUGCUAUUCCCACGCCUACUGUCAGGCUACGCUGCAGGGACACUUGAUGUUUGUGGCUCGUGUUCUGGUUGGAGACUACGUUAAAGGCAACGCCGACUAUGUUCGUCCCCCAAAGAAAAGUGCUGACAAGCUCUGGUUUUAUGACAGCUGUGUGGAUGAUGAGUUAAAUCCUUCUGUUUUUGUUAUCUUUGAAAAACACCAGAUUUACCCAGAGUACAUAGUAGAGUAUAAAGAGGAGAGAAUAAGAGAGCAGCAGGAGGAGACAGUAAUAAUGUAUAAAGCAGAGGCAAUAAGACAGCAGAAAGAGGCAGAAAUAAGAAUGUGUAGAGAGGAUGGAAAAAGAGAGCGUAAAGAGGAGAGAAAUAAAUGUGUUAUAUCUUAGAGGAACAUGGCAGUUUGCAUCCCUCAUCUUGUUUUUCGUAUUGCAGGUGUUCUCCUACUUGGUGACUUCUUUCUUUUUAAUACAGUUCUUCAGAAUGUUAAUCCAAACAAUUUUUGCAUUGAGGAGGGCUGGCAAAGCAGAUGUUACAUUUGUUGCGACUGCCUUAUCUUCUCUUCCUCUCUUAAAUGAAGCAUAAGCAUUUCAAUAACCAUAGCAGGAAAAUCAGAAUUGUGGGAUGGGAAAUUGGAUGUUAUGACUGCUGUGGACAAAUAAUUGUAAAUGCAUUAUUUAAAAAAAAAAAAUAGAGAGGAUUUCUCUUUGCAAACAGUUAAAAGAAAAAUUGACAGUACAGUAGUUUUUAAGGAAGCUUUCAAAUUUUUAGUAGCCAAAGAUUCUUUUUGGUGCAGAAUUCACCUGCUCUUGAUCCUCUCAUCUAUCAUUAUUACAAAUAAUUCCGUGAAGGUAAUAAUGACUUGAGUUUGUUAAUGCUGAUAUAUGUUUCGAGUUAAAAUGGUAAACAAAAAAAAAGAAAAAGCAUAUUUUAAAUCCGUGUUGUUAGUUCUCGAGAAUUUUCAUCUGUACAAUGGCAGAUGGAUCAGAAAGCUGAUUCUUUGUGGAAAUUUGCAGUAACUUGUUGUAACCUGUAUAAAAGCAGAGCUUAACUGGAGCUGUGAAAGCCACCACAAGUGAGUAAGCAGGUAACAAAAUUUGGUUGUUUGGCUGCAACUAAUGGCUGUAAGGACACAAAGGCUGUGUCCCAACAAGCCAGGCUUUCCAGUGGCUGAGGUCGCGUAGCGCAAUAGGACGGGAGAAAUUUCUUAAGCAGCAAAGAGAUGUUCUGUCCUGUUGGUGCAGUAACUUUCGUUUUUCCAGAUGUAGAACGGGACCAAAAGAGACCAGUUAGGUUCUCUUGAGGCCAGUGGUAGAACUGCUGUCCUAAGGCAUUGUCUGCAUGUUCUGCUGCCUCUUGCGUGGGGCAGGGUGCUGACAAGUGAGGCUCCUCUUUGUGGUUUGGGGGUGAUCCUGGUUCAGAAAGUUGUGCAGUUUCUACUGGAUGGUAGCAGGGAGCCUGUAAGUGGAUGAAACUGAAGACUCUCUGUACAAAAUGCCAUAUUCAGGCAGUUCAGCUGUUCAGAGGGAAACUAGGAGUGAGGACAGAGGAGCAGUAAUUUUUACCUUCAGAUAAGCUUUACAGAAACACCAAUAGCCUCUAAGGUUUUUGCAUCUGUGGUACAAAUCUGUCAAGACUCAAAGAUACGAAGUUCUUCCCAAGAGGAAUGCAAAAGAUAAAUCCAGAAAAUCUUACUUAAAUAACUUAGAACUAAAUGAAAACAUGCGGGGAAGAUUUUAACACUUUUUAAGAUCUCUCCUUCUCUUGUUUGGCUGUAGAGUUGCUGAAUUACUAAGCUUGCUGUAUUUGCAAAUAAAACCUUUUUUCAGGCA